UUUUGUCCAAAAUUGACAGUUUUUGAUGACAGGACUGACAAUAGUUCCAACGUGUUUGGUGAUGGAAAUUGACCAAAAGUGAAAUUUCACCUGAUUGUGAAUUAAAAUACGUCUAGAUUUAUUAAAAAGUUGUUUUAAAUUAAUUUGGAAUUAUGGCUCCCCCUCAGAAAGGUAAACAGGGUACAAAAGGGGCCAAGCAGAUUGUUGAAGAAAAUGUAUCCACGCUCAACUUUUAUAGAAAUAUGGCAAUUGUUUCCAAUGCGUUGUCACUCAUUAUUUUAGUAUUUUACAAUUCUACUAUAAGUAUUGUCCUAUAUUUAUUUUCAUGUGCUGUAUAUAUCGGUGCUUAUCAAUUCAUGGUUUAUAUGGCAAAACCUAAGCAUACUGAAACAGGUCAAUUGCUUGAUAGUGGAGUGGAUCUUAAUAUGGAAGGAGGAAUAGCAGAACAUGUCAAAGACAUAAUUAUUCUUACAGCUGGGUGCCAGAUAUUGGCGUCAAUUAUUUCAAAUUAUUUUUGGUUAUUGUGGUUGUUGGCCCCUGCACGAGGUGCUUGGAUUAUAUGGAAAAAUAUUUUGUCCCCUUACUUUUUCCCAGACGUUCCUUUUGAACCAGAAGUUGAUGAGAAAAAACAGAAAAAAAUGGAAAGGAAAAUGAAAAGAAUGCAACGUUAAAAAGAUCUUUGUUGCUUGUAUUGUUAUGUUGUAAAUAAACAACUUGUUUUAAAAACAUUGAUAAAUAUUUUA